UUGUCUGUGAGACACUUCUUCUGUCCACAGAGCAAGAUAAAUACACGAUUGCAGCCUGGCUAUUUAUUCUGGACACUUUCCCCCCCCUUCGCUAUUACAUUUCUGUUGUGGAGACUGAGCUGUCUCUCUGGUCUCUCUCAGGCGCGUCCACGCAGGCGUCCGCGGGGGUGAGCUCUCCUAUACAAUAAAUUGGGCAGUCCCUCGAACGACAACAGGCCCUAAACAGUCCGCCAAAUAAGAUGCUGAUCUUGUUUACACGUUGAGGAAAUUGCAAGGAUUGGAUAGAGAGAAGAAACACCUUUUCUUACACUUUGGCAAAGAGGAGGUGGUGCCGUUCCAAGAAAAUGGCAAUAAUUCAUCUACGAGUGUUCAUCUUACUGUGCAUGGUCCAUGCAGCCAUCUCCCAAGAACUGACCCCUCGUGGACCGCGGCCAAUCCCAUUGCCAAGAGACACUCCAGAUCACAAUCCAACAAUGCCAGAAGGUUGUGAGAGCAGGAUAGUCAAGUGUCCCAUCAAACUGUUCUUCACCAUCGACACUUCCGAGACCAUCGCCCUGCAGGAGUCCCCGCCUGGAAUACUGGUGGAAAACAUCAAAGAGUUCAUGCGGGUUUUUGCCCAGAGGCUGGGGGAUGAGGAAUACCGGGGUCGGGUCCGCAUCACCUGGUCUAUCGGAGGCCUACACUUCUCCCAGAGGCAGGUGGUCUUCAGCCAGUUUGCCACUCGAGAGAGCUUCAUCAGGAGUCUUGGUGGCAUUCGAUACCUGGGCAAAGGCACCUACAUCGACUGUGCCCUGCAAAACAUGACGCACCACAUGACUCAGCACUAUUCGGGAACAGAGGCCGCCCUCUUCUCUGUGGUCAUCACAGAUGGACAUGUGACAGGAAGUCCCUGUGGUGGGAUCAAAGUGACGGCGGAGAAGGCCCGCGAGCAGGGAAUUGGUGUUUUCUCAGUGGCGGCGUCCAGGUCCAUCGAUGAGACAGGAAUGAAGGAGAUUGCUAGCUCACCUGCUGAAGUUUACCGCAAUGACUACUUAGCUGUGGAGAUCGUCAACGGCAGGCCGAAAAUCAAGACGGAAUCCAUUGAUCGUAUUAUAAAAGCCAUGAAAUAUCAAGCCUAUUCAGAGUGCUACCAACAGGAAUGCCUUGAAACUCCUGGGAUCCCUGGACCAAAGGGGCUUCGAGGGCCAAAAGGUCUAAAAGGGGACAGAGGUAAUCCAGGGCCACAAGGUGCGAAGGGAAGACAGGGUGAUCCUGGUAUUGAGGGUCCGAUUGGACGUCCUGGACCAAAGGGAGAGGUCGGGUUGAAGGGUGACAAGGGUGAAAUGGGAGGAAGCGGAGCAAAGGGUUUGGUCGGAGUACCUGGCAGGAAUGGAACUGAUGGACAGAAGGGUAAGAUUGGCCAUAUUGGAGCUCUUGGUUGCACAGGGGAACCAGGCGACAAAGGACAAGAUGGCUACCCAGGAGAAGCUGGGGAUACUGGGCCCCCAGGCAGUAAAGGAGAAAAGGGUGACCUCGGCCUGCUCGGCAAAUCGGGUCCUUCAGGUCCUGAGGGUGAACGAGGAGCAAAGGGCGAAAGAGGAAACCCAGGAAAUCCAGGACCCCCAGGAGAAAAGGGACCACCGGGACCUCGUGGCUUACCUGGACCAAGAGGCGAAGUGGGAAGGAGAGGGGAACCAGGACAAAAAGGAGCUCAAGGACUUGUCGGAAAAAAAGGAGAGAAGGGACAACGAGCGUCACAUGGAAGCAGGGGACAACCAGGGGAGGAGGGACUCAAGGGUGCAAAGGGGGACCCUGGACUGCCAGGACCAAGGGGUCGGCCAGGAGACCCAGGGAGCCUUGGAGCAAAUGGCACCAUGGGAAAUCCUGGAGAUCCUGGACCAAGAGGAGACUCAGGCGCUCAAGGACCAAUAGGUGACAAAGGAAGACAAGGAUUCAGCUACCCUGGACCAAGAGGACCUACUGGGGAGAGAGGGAUCCCAGGCAGAAAAGGACCCAGGGGCAGUCGAGGUGAAUGCGGUGCAAAGGGAGAACCAGGCAACCAAGGCCCACGUGGAGAGUUUGGGGAUCCAGGUCAGGCGGGGGAGCCGGGAGCUAGAGGAAACAGGGGGGAUCCUGGGCCCGACGGUGGCCGUGGACCAGAGGGCGAUCCUGCACUCACUGACUGUGACGUCAUGACGUACAUCAGGGAGACAUGUGGUUGUUGUGACUGCGAGAAGCGCUGCGGUGCACUGGACAUUGUUUUUGUAAUAGACAGCUCGGAGAGUGUUGGUCUGACCAACUUCACCUUGGAAAAGAACUUUGUAAUCAACACCAUUAAUCGUCUCGGAUCAAUGGCCGGUGUCCCGACAUCGCCAACUGGCACAAGAGUUGGAGUUGUGCAAUACAGUCACAACGGGACCUUUGAGGCCAUUCGUCUCGAUGACCCCAACAUAAACUCCAUGUCUGCUUUUAAAAUGGCGGUGAAGAAUCUUCAGUGGAUUGCUGGGGGCACCUUCACCCCCUCGGCUCUCAAGUUCGCCUAUGACCACCUCAUCAGGGACGGCAAGAGAGCCCGAGCCAAACUGUCUGUGGUUGUGAUCACAGAUGGACGCUUUGACCCGCGUGAUGACGAGGAUCUACUCAAGUACCUCUGUCAGGACAGCAGCGUUGUGGUAAAUGCAAUCGGGGUCGGAGAUAUGUUUAGAAAGGCCCAGGAUGACGAGAUCCUGGGCUCCAUAGCGUGCGACCAAAAGGGGCGAGUCACUGGGAUGAAGAAUUUUGUUGACUUGGUCGCAGAGGACUUCAUAGACAAAAUGGAGACUGUGCUAUGUCCUGAUCCAGUUGUUGUGUGCCCUGAUCUGCCCUGCAAGAGUGAGCCUGAAGUGGCUCCCUGUGCCCAGCGGCCAGUGGAUUUGGUAUUCCUGCUUGACGGUUCCGAACGCCUCGGGGUGCAGAACUUCCAUCACGUCCGUGAAUUCUUGCAAAAGGUGCUGGAUAGACUGGUAAUGGCCAGAAGCAGGACAGAUCGCCUGCGAGCUCGCUUGGCUCUGUUGCAAUAUGGCAAGGAUGGUGAGAACUUUGUGGCUUUCCCUCUCACGCACGACCCUGCUCUCAUCGCUGAUGGUAUCGCGCGUCUGGGUUAUCUGGACUCUUCAUCGAGCGUGGGGCCGGCCAUCACUCAUGCCAUCGACAGAGUCCUAGGCAAGGGGCUGACUCGCCAGACGAGACGCCAUGCAGAGAUCGCAUUCAUUUUCAUCACAGAUGGAGUCACCGACAAGAAAAACCUUGACGAGGCGGUUAGCGCCAUGCGUGGGGCACAGGUGGUCCCCACGGUGAUCGCUGCAGGAAGUGACGUGGAUCAAGAAGUCUUAAUGAAGCUGGCCAUGGGAGAUGAGAAUGCCAUAUUCAGAGAAAAUGACUGGUCCGAGUGGCAGUCAGGCUUUUUUGACCACUUCCUGCGGUGGAUGUGCUAAAGAGAAAUCACACUGGAGACAUAUCUCGUAUUGGUGCUACUGAUGUUAAUGGCAUUUACAAUUCCUCCAUGUACUGUACAAUCUGACACUAUAUCCAUCCUAGUUAUACAAAAUAAAUCAGAUUUAAGGUCGUAAACAGGCCAUGCUAUAUUCCACCGUGCUGUUUUUUGUCAAUUUUAAGAGCUCACUCUCCAAUAUUAAGAAUUACAAACAAAACAAUAUUAGUCUGUUGUGUGCAGUAUCCAUACAAAAGUACCACAAGGUCUCCAUGUGGGAGGUGAAACAAUGGACGACUGGACUGCCUUGGACGGUUAAGCACAGUGAUGCAUACUUUAAAUUUUUUCCGCAGACGCUCCCAUUGCCUUCUUUCUUACAUCAUGUCCAGCUGCACAGGAAGAGGGAGGAGGGGAAAAAAGUUUUGAGUGUUUAAGAUGAAGAUUAGGCCUGGAUCAUCAGGGACACACUCAGGCACUUGACUUUGCAGAAAAUGUUUUGGGUUUUUUUAAAUAUAUAAAUGGGCCACGUUUCCUAAAAGAAUAAAUGAAAAGAUAUUUACCAAGUCAUCAACAUG